AUUGCUUCAUCGUAAUUGUUUGCUGAUCGGUCAAUCAUUAUUAUUUGUAAACAAACAUUUUCAAUAAACAUGAGUUUAACCUUUUCUCGAAUUCGUUAUUUAAACAAUUAUAAUUUUAUACGAUUCUGCAGUGUUAAAAGACCGGUCUACGAUAGCAGUAAGCAUUUUCGUGCUAAAGAACAUGAAAUACCCAAAGAUAUAUGGGACGAUAACAAGGAUCCUAAAUAUACUGGAUAUGAAGAAGUUAAAGGUCACUGGCAAUAUGUUGAGCAAUUAUUUCCCAAAUUAAGAAUACCAACUCCUCCUAAAAAAGUGUCAAGCACAGGUUGGAAAGCACCCUCAGAAACUCUACCUAAUGUUCCAUAUAAUGUUGGAAGGACUAGAAAUCAUAUGUUACCAGUUUAUGAAGAUCUUGAAACUAAACAUCGAUAUUUUACAACUAGAGUUAAAAAUGUAAAUGGUGACAUAUAUGUGUUUGAACAUGAUUUGAAAACUCAUCUAGAAGAAAAGUUUGGAACUAAGAUCGAAUCACAUGUUAAUGAAAUUGGAUGUUGGGUUAGUUUUGAAGGUGAUAGAGUAGAAGAAAUUAAAGAAUGGUUAUUUAAUAAAGGUUUUUAAAUAGA